AUGGUGCAAAGUUCAAGGAAAGAUUGGUCCAAAAGACUUGAUGAUGCAUUAUGGGCGUAUAGGACGGCUUUCAAAACUCCAAUUGGUAUGUCUCCAUAUAGAUUGGUUUUCGGUAAGGCGUGUCAUUUACCAGUUGAGUUAGAGCACCGAGCCUAUUGGGCAAUGCAGAAGCUAAACAUGGACAUGUCUGCUGCGGGAGAAAAGAGAAUGUUGCAGUUGAAUGAGUUAGAGGAAUUCCGGAAUGAGGCAUAUGAAAAUGCGAAAAUCUACAAGGAACGAACUAAAGCAUGGCAUGAUAAGAAUCUUGUACAAAAGGAAUUUCACCCGAGGCAGCAAGUGUUAUUAUUUAAUUCAAGAUUAAAGCUCUUCCCAGGAAAACUGAAGUCUAGAUGGUCCGGGCCAUAUACAAUUGUGAAAGUAUUUCCAUACGGAGUAGUAGAAGUAUGCAGCAAGAAGAACGGAACUUUUAAAGUGAAUGGGUAG